GCGGCAGCGAGGCGGCAGAGGACCGAUCCCCCCGUGUGGCGGCGUCUCUUCGCCCCGCGUCCGUCCUCCGGGGGGGACCUCUUGGCGCGUUUUACUCGGGCAACCGCAGUCUCUCUCCGCCUUCGUGUCUCUCCUCCGCCGACGUCUCUUGACGAGGGCUCGUCGGCGAGACGUCUCGGCUGCCGCCGACGGAGCGGGCCUAGGCCGCCGCGUGGAGUGGAAACUUCUGCCGAGAAGAAGAAGAAUCUUUCACCCCCAACUUUACUCCAACAUCGGAGGCACAGGUUUAACGCAGACUGCAAAGAAAAGAAGUACAGUGCUGGAUGGAACUUUAACCGAAGAUGUCUGCCUGUCACUCAUUUACCGAGCAUGCAUGGAAACCAGGCGCAUGCAAGAACUGUUUUAAAUCAAAGACCCUCCAUACGGCUGUGACGGAUUCAGAACGAAUUGCAUUUUCCCGUUCCAACAGAUCUGACGUGACCAAAGCUGGAAGUAACAGAUUUGCGGUAGUUUUUGAAAGUGGGAGGCAGCCUCCUUCAAUUUCUAGUGUAGCUGCAGAAGGCAUCAAAAUGCAUUCUUCAGGUCAGGGUAAUAUUGGGCUGGAGUCAUUAAAAACAGCUUCUGUGAAUAAACCUACCAUUGCUGUAAGGCCUACUCGUAUGUCUUCUGAAGGGAAAGACCUGGGGAUGGGUGAAGAACGAGAACAGUCACAUUCUGAUCAAAGAAGGCCGCUAUUUGUAUCACCGGUAAUUGCAGUUCAGGAAGAUGAAUUACACCCAGAAAGCAGAGGCGGUACUGGUGGUGUAGGUUCAAGAGCUACUGAAUUGCAAGCAGGUGCUCUAGCUUCUGAGCAACGUGGAGCUGGUUCACAAAGUAAGCAUAGGCAGACACAAGAUUUACAAGGACCUUGUUUAUGUCAUAGUGGACAAGAACAGCAGGGCUGGAGACAAGCCAGAAUGUAUAAAGAGACAGGAUUUUUGGCCCCGGUGUUGUCAACACAUGGCAUUGAGAACACUAGGACUACUGAACUAAUGUAUUCAAACCCAGAUGGCUUAAGAGGUUCGCAUUUUCAGCAUGUGAGUCCAACGCACAGCUCCGAGAGUUCAAAAACGUCACAGUCUACAAGAUGUAACCUUCAGGUUGCCAAUCAAGAGAAAGACAAUCUUAAGGGCCAAGGGUUAGUGCAACAUAUUCAUGUGGCGGAGGGUUGGGAAGACAGCUAUUGUGAAUCCAUUUCACGAAUGCCUGUGACAAGUUCUCAGCUUCAGCUGCCUGAUUUCCAAGAAGGAGAUUUACCAGAGGGUGAACAAGGCGGUGGAUUCAGCAAAAAAUGGAAUACUGUGCCUAUGGGCAGAAAGUCAAUGGAGCGAGUUUGUGUUUUGGAAUACGAUGACAGCUAUGAUGAAAUUCUAGAAUGUGACCCUCGGAAUCCUGCAUUAGCUAUGUUGUAUCCAGAGUUUGGACACAGCCAGGGGACCUUUGAGGCCUCAGAUACAUCCUCUGAUUCUGAGUCCUCUUCAUCAGAUUUUGCAGAACUGUACCCAUACAGCCAGCCAAAAGACUCUUUACAAGCAAAUCCAAGCAAACAACCUCCAACUGUUGAAACUGAAAAAGUAUGUGAAAAGAUAGAAAAUAGUCGUGACUUUGAGCCAGAUUAUGCCACAAUUAGUGAUGAAGAGAAUGCAGAAAUACAAUUCCACGAGGGUAUGAAAGACAAUUUAAUAACAAAAAAGGCAGAAAAACAGAAGGUUGUCCUUACAAUUCAUUUGGAAGGCAGGAGUCGCCAGUUGAGUAUGGAAGAUGAUAAAACACAAACUGAUAAUGCUGUCCAGUCACCAAGAGAUCAGUUAUUGAAGCCAUAUAGAGUUGUUAGAUCUGAGCCUGUUACAGUUUGCAAGCCUUACACGGUUGUUGAUGUGUCGUCUGUAGUGAACGAAAAAGAUUCUGAAAAUUCAGAAACCAACCAAAUGCCAAAUUCAGAUCCAAAAUCAACUACUACAUUGCAACCGACUACUGUGUAUGCCACACCGCAAGUUAUGCCAUCCUCGCAGACUGAGAAUAAACAUGGGGGUAAAUUCUAUCAUGAAAUGUGGACUGCCUGCUCUCACAAUCCACUAGUUUUGAAAGAUAAUGGUUCAUGUGAAGGAUUUCAUAGCACAAUCAAGGACACUGCAUCAGAUGUGGAAAAUGCACCCAUUCCUCCAGAAGAUAAUGCAGAAUUGCAGAAUUCUGGCAGUGAAAAGUCAACUGGCUCAAAAGUGACUACAAAAAUUAUGGAUAUCUCCUCACCAAAAACAUGCGAGAUCAAAUUUAAUAGCUACAACAAUGCAGGGAUGCCCCCAUUUCCUAUAAUCAUUCAUGACGAGCCAUAUUACUCACAAAGCUGCAAGAGGAAAGCAGUGAAGGUUCCCAUAGUAAUAAAUCCAGGCGCAUAUGACAACCUUUCCUGUUAUGAAAGUUUUGUUGGACCAGGAAAUGUUCUGAAAAGGGGUAAGGCUAAACUGCCCAAAAAUCAUCCUUAUGAAGAAAUUAAAACACCAGCUCUUAGUAGCUUUGAAAUCAUGAGCAAAGGUAGCUUUAAUAAUUCGAAUAAAAGUGUUUCAGAAUUAAAACAUGCACACGAUUACAAACGUCCUGAAGAUACUGUGAAGAGUCUUCUUUCUGAGAGACCACAUGUUGUUGAAGAUUACAAAAAGUCUUGCACAAGUCAAAGAACAGACGUGCAAAAAUGUAUGUAUGAUGAGCCAGAAGUUAUCCAAACCAAACUACCGAUGGAACCAAAACUGAUUCACAAUCAACAACCAGAUAGCCCAUCUGCAGAAUCGCCCUCCCAUGCUAUGCAAGUUGUACGUUCAAAAUCAUUUAACUUUCAAGUAGCCAGGCCACAAAACUUGUCCUUUUCCAAAAUGGAUAAUGGCAAAACUAAUGCUCAUACCGCAAAGGGGGCGACCAUAAGGGAAAGGAUUGAAGCCCUUUCGAGCGCAUUCACUACCCAGCCGUCGCAUGGAUGCUCCCGUAAGAAGUCUCGUGAGGACAGUUCUUCAUAUUCACCCCCACCUUACAGUACACCUAAGGCACAGGUGAGCAGCAAGAGGAAAGUGAUAUCUCCACCUCAAUCGCCAGAGAAAGAUGUGCCCACUUUGAUACUGGAACCACAGCCACAUGUCGCAAGACAGAAGCCCAAGCGAAAGAUAUCUCUGAAAAGCCUCUUUAAGUGGCGUAAAGCAGAUGAUGACGAGGAUGACAAGGAUAAUAAGAGCGUUGAGCAGCAGGUUGCUGUAACUCAGUACUUGGAAAUUGAAGUAAAUCCAUCAAAUGAGCAUGUUAAAAGUUCAGAUGCUGGAGCACAUCGUAAAGAGGACGGUGAUGUUUUAUGGAAAUCACAGCAUCUACCUCACAGCAGCAAUAAGCAAGCCAUCAAAAUUGCCACGGUGGAUGUUGAUUUGUUGAAUGAAGCUAGAAGUGGUGUAAAAGUUCACCGAGCUGAAGUUGACGUUAAAAAAACUGAGAGUGGAAACGUUAUCAGUGCUGCAGUGGAAAAAUCGGAAGACGGCAUCAACAUUUCAAAACAUUUCACUUUUACAUCUACAAAGGAGGCAUAUGGUGAAGAGUCGCUCGAUCCUGCCAGUACAGUGUCAAGCAUAUCAUCGAAAGGGUCUGCACGCACUCUGGAGCCUAAGGACAUCGUGUGCCAUCAGGACACGGGGAUGGCUCAGGCUGUCGGCCAUGCAGCCACUUACAGCAACUUGGGCUCUUCAAGGGCCAACGUAAUCCCAGUCAAGCAGGGGCGCCAGCAUAAAGGGGCCAUAACUGACGCCAUUGCUUUUGUUGCUGUGGCGAAGGAGAAGUCGGAAGUGCAUGACACCCCUCCGCCCCUGCCUAAGAAACAGCGUGCCAAAGCUGUCUUGACUGCAGACCCAGCAGGAGCAUCGAUUUCUGCAGAUAAUGUAGACCUCAAAUCUAUUUUUAACCCCCUCUAUAUUGUUGAGGAAGAACGAAAAGCUUGCAGCACACAAUCUUUUGUUUCUAAUGGCGCAGAUGAAAAUGCAUCAAAGGGAAAAUGUAUGACAAUCUUAGAGGGUCCAGUUUCUGAAACCACUCGCAUAAAAGAUCAUGUUUCCUGUACAGAUCAGAAGAAAGGUAUAGUUUACACAGUAUCAGAAAAAGAUACACUACUAAAGGUUGAUGAUGACCCGUCAUGCAUAUAUACCAAAGUUCGUGACAAAUCGAAAUCCAUUAAAGGGAAUGUAUACUCUAAGCCACAAAAUAAAUCCCUUCUUGGCAGUGCUAGUGCUGUUCAGCUUGCGAUUGCUGAAGAUAUAUUGGAAAAGACAGCCCAGAGCUUGGAGAGUGGAAGCAAACCUGCAAACUUUCUAUUGACCACUAAAGGACAGGAGCAGAAAGACACAGGGGUGGGUACAACAGUGCCAGCUAUGUUGUAUGAAGGACUGGAAAGCUCUGAAGAGGUGUUUGCCCGGAUUGGUAGCCUGCAUGCAGAGACUCUGCAUGUGUUGUGUGCAAAGUGUGAAGACAACUUCAUGCGUGGCCAGAAGGAACAUCUUCGCUUUGGCGUAGAGAGCUGGUCCAAUUUCAAGCUAACCAGUGACAAGCCCUGCUGUGAUGCCGGCGAUGCUGUUUAUUAUACAGCUUCCUAUGCCAAAGAUCAUGGGCAUUUGUACGCAGUUAAGAUAUGUAAGAUCGAGGGGAAAGACUCUCAACAGCAAUACUAUCACAGCCUGGCUGUGCGGCAGAGCCUCCCCGUGCACUUCAAUGUGCAGCAGGACUGCGGCCACUUUGUGGCCGAUGUCCCGGAAAGGCUGCUACCAUGUGACUGUGCUGCUGCCAGUCUUCGAGAUGGGAACCCAGUGUGUACUCAGACAGCGGAUCAGGCGAACUCUCAGCCACCGGACCUAUCCUCGGUAGACUCGUCUGGUCAGAGCAGGGUGGUGGUGAUCACACGAGAGGUACCUUGCAGCAAUGUGGCUGAUCUGAUCCGAGGCUCGGUGAACCUGCACCGCUCCCAGCCAGAGCUCUACGAAAGGCAGGUAUGCCUUCUACUGCUUCAGCUGUGCUAUGCACUUGAGCACUUAAAACGGCAUCAUGUGAGCCAUAGUGACCUACGAAUGGAAAAUCUAUUGCUGGUGAGCGGACAGAGUGCUGGGCCACCAGGACACAAGGGCAUCGAGUCUCUUGGUGCGGAGCUGCCCCGACUCAUCGUCAGCAAUUUCUCCCAGGCUAAGCAGCAGUUGCGCGUGGGGGCACUGGCACCAGAAAUGCUACGAGCAGAGUCGCGCCUCGCGCCCGAGCUCACUACCGCAAGCCAGUACCGAAAAUGUGAUGAGUUCCAGACUGGCAUCCUGGUCUACGAAAUGCUGCACCUUCAAAAUCCAUUUGCUGAGCGGCCUGAGCUGCGUGAGAGAGACUACAACCCGAAGGACCUGCCUGCAAUGCCCACACUGUCGGUGUAUUCCUAUGGUCUGGAGCAGCUAGCUCACUUGCUACUCCUUCCCAACCCCAUGGAGCGCAUCCACAUCUCACAAGGCCGCGGCUUGUUGCAGUGUCUGCUGUGGGGGCCCCGGUACCAACUCCUCAACAAAAUAAUGUUGAGCACAAGCGACCCAUGCACACUGGAAGAACCCAGUGAGCAGCAUCAUAGCCUAGCAGAAGGCAGUGGCACGGGUAGGCCAGCCCGGCAAGUGCAUUUGGUAGGAAGCAAAGCGGCGCACGAGCAGCAGUCCACAGGGCUCGUGAACAGAGAGGUUGUUCUGCAAAACUGGCUGGAGUUGAAACGCACACUUCUCACCAUCUGUUUUGCUGAGAAAUAUCUAGAACAUGAGCAUAUCAUCCGGCUUGAAGACUGGUUGUGCUGCCAGUACUUUGCAUUUGCCACCCCAGCCUCAGUCUAUCAAGCCCUCAGGCUAAUGCAAGCAGAAUGAGCGUUCAUGAACAUUGACAUUUAGUUUUUUAAUGGACUGUAUUGGUUUCUUUAACUUAGCCCAUGAUCUGUGUUAAAAGGGGUGGAAUACAGUUUUGUUUUGUUUCACAUUGAUGAAUACACUCCAUUUGCCUCAAUUUUCUGAUCAACCUAAAACACAGAACUGCUCUUAUCCACAACAGCUGUAGAAUCUGCAAAAAACUCCUAUUAUCCAUGGCUCUCCUCUUCCUGUUAUCAUAAACUUUCUCAUAAGUAUUUGCAAAACGGCAUCUUAUUAUCCUCGAUUAUUUUUUUCAUGGAUAAGAGAAAUUGCAUGGCAAACAUACCAUAUUGUCCAUGGGUUAUCCGUGAUUUUUCAUUUCAUAAAAUGUGCUAUGAUCAAAGCGAGUUCAUUGGUGGCAUUUGCGAUGAUGACGCAUUGCACGACACAACCCAGACACGCACAGGCAAAUAAACUCAGACACGGGGAGACAUGCAGACCGAGGCAUACAGACACAGACCCUCGCAGACAUGAACAGCAUUUAUUUGCUGCUCUGCUUUAACAAAAGGUCCUUGGCUGCAUUUUUUCAAUCCUCUCUUCUCUGCUCUCUUCAUUUCUACAAACAACUCUCCCUUCAGCUCUUCCAUCUAAAUCCUUAGCCUUCUCUUCUUUUUAAUUCCAUUCUUCCUUCUAUAAUGUCCUUCCUAAAACCAAUCCCUUCGUGGAAUGUCUAAUUCAGAUAAUUCUCCUUCUGAUGACUUCCAUUACAAUUAUUUUUGAUGAUGCCAUUCAAUAUUUCUUCAUUGGUAUUAUCUUAUAUACAGCUGACUUUCAACAUCCUUCUCCACACCCACACCUCAAAAGCUUUGAACCGUCUCAAUCCUUUCUCAGUGUCCUCAUUUCCAUGCCAUGCAAAGCUAUGCUCCACACCAUCGUAUUAACUCUCUUGUUAAGUAAACAAUCUUCCGUCUUGCCGAAUGGUUCUGCCACCAAGCCUUGAUCAUAUUUCCGCUGCACACUGUUCAUAUUCUGUGAUUAAUGCACCGAAGUUCCUGAAUAUGUUCACAUGUUCCCGCAGUUGCCCUUCAAUUAUAAUAUACAUUGUUCCUACACCUUCCCAUUAUAUUCUCAUUACUUGUUUUGUUUAUGUUAAUAUUCAUACUGUUUUCCUUUGCAUGUUGUUUAACCCAUCCAUCAACCUUUAAAGUCUUUGUUUGCCACCAUCCCUUGAUCAUUCGCAAACCGUACAUCCUUUCAGGUUUGACCUUGAUUUUUUUGUAUUCUGUUGCCUCAGUUAUAAUUUUUGCAUUAACAGCAAGGCCGGUGAUAAUGAGCACUCCUGCUCGAUUACUGUACUAAUAAUGCCUGGUUUCAUAUGUCUGCUACCAUGAUCACUGAUUCCUGUUCCUUACACGGUCGACAUAUUAAUCUCCAGUCUGCCUAGUCCGCCCCUAUCUUAAGUAUCUCCAUCAACAUUACCCUUUUUCCAUAAUAGAGGAUUUUGGGUUGGAUCGCAUAAAUAUAUAAACGUGUCGUUAAAACCCGACACAGCCAACUAGUAAGGGUUGUCACGUUAACAGAACAUGCCAAUUCGUCACUAGUACAGCAUACCGGUGUGUUGGAGAGCCAAGCCACAACAUUUACAAACUAAGUACGACGUUUCGCCAGUAAUUACAACUAGCUUCAAACCUCUUAUGGAUGAUAUUGGUCGCGAAAGCCUCCUGUCAAAGGCCUACUCGAAAUCCACAAAGCACACAUACAACUAAUAUCCGAGUUCUAUGCCCCUUUCAUACAACAUUCUCAUUACCACUAUCACUUCGCAUGUCCCGCAUAUUUUCCUGAAACCGAAUUGAUUUCUUACAAUAACAUUUUUUGUCUUUGUAUUUAUUCUUCUGAUGAGCAGUCUUAGCAUGAUCUCGGAUGCAUGUGAAACAAGGAUAAAUGUUCUAUGGUCUCCGCACUCCAUUGCAUUUCUGCUUUUUUUCGAAAGUACCACGGCUAUUUUUGUAAACGUUUCUGGACGUUUACCUUGCUAGUACAUGCUUUUAAAGAGGAAAUGUAGUUUUUGGUCAUGUUAUUUCCAAUGUAUUUCAGAAACUUCUGGCAACCCAUUUAUCCCUUCAACUUUCCUCUUCUUGGGCUUAAUGGCUGUUUUUAUUCUCUUUAUGUUGGGCCCUUUUUAUCCAUGUCUACUUCUGCUUUCUCUAAACUAAUGUCCUCCAGCUUUGGCUUUCCUUCCUCAUAACGUUUAUAUGUGUACCUCUUUCAUCUACUUCAAAUGUCUUCUGGCUCUUGUCAAUAUUUCCUCAUUCUUCUUUAUUUUACUGCUCCCGUCUUAGAUAUUUCUGACAUCUAUAACUUUUGCGUACAUCAGCUCUGUUCAUUCUCUCCUGUCAAGCUCUUCAAGUUCUUUAAGAGACACGCACAAACACACAGACAUUGAAAGACACACAGACGGACAUGGAGGCGCACACGUGGACAAAGGCAGACACCCACAGAGACAUGGAUAAACAUACAGACAUUGAUACAAAAAGAGAGACGUGGAGAUGCAUAAGAAACAGACAUGGAGACAUUCACAGAAACAAGAGACACGCAAAACAAAGAGAGAUGCACAAAGACCGACCUCCCCCACAGCUACUGGUAGUAUCUGUGCUAUUUCGUGGAUAAGAGUCACCGGUGUAGCAAAUUCAUCCUAUUAUCUGAAUUUAACCCAAGGAUAAGCAGAGUAAAUUUACGGAUAAUAGAAUCCAUUAUUCGAGUCUCCUACAUUACCACGGAUAAGAGGUGUUAUUUCAUAUUUAAUUGCAGUUAUUUCACAUCCAGAGAGUUAUAAUUUAAGAUGAUUACAUUUUAGUUAUUUUUAUUCGCUUAUUAUAGAGUGGGUUGUGGGAAAGGGCCUCUUAGUCUAUCUGGUCUAGCACUGAUAGUGGUCUGCAUUAGCAACUAUAACUUGAAUUAUCCUCUAGCUGCACUCUUCCCUCAGCCCCUCAAUGUGAACCAGUUAAAGUAUUAGUCAUAAAUAUUUCUCAAGUCCUAAGUAAAAAUGUUUGCAGUACUAUAUAAGAAGGAUUUUAGGAAUAAAAUGUAUUGGACAUCUUUACUAUAGAAACUAACAUGUGGGGACAUUGUUGGUUUAUAUUUAUAUACUAUGAAGUAGGUUGUGAUAGGGUUGUAACAAGAAAUGUUGAUAACAGUAUUUUGCAUUUUAGUGAUUUUUUUUUACAAUUUUCAACAUUAUCUCAUAAUGUUGAUAUAUUUUCAACAUGAACCAAAUCAAUGAAAAUCAAUUCGGCAGUUUUAAAUGUUUUAUUGUGCCACACGUUUUACUUUGGCUGUGGCAAGUGUGCCAAUUAAAAAAAUAAACAAUGACUAAAUCUCAAGGUUGGUUUCCUGGAGUGCUAAAAUCAGUAGAAAUGCAAUUAGAAAGUUUGAGUUGCAAUAUGAUUUAAAGCACAUGUGUGCUUUACCAAACAAAAAUGUGCCUUGGGCUAAUGCAUUUGAUUGCACAUUUGAAAGGUAGGAUUGUUGUGUAGGAUGUGUGACCUGCAGUUCUACCAGAUGGUUAAUGUUGCCUUUAUGCAUUGGUUUUACACCAAUAUGUACUUUUGCUUUUAUACAUAAACAGUGCUUGUGCCUUUGAGAACAUAUACUGUGUUAACCAAAAAUAUAACCUUCAUUGAAGCAAUAACUGAUUUUUUUUUAUAUAUAUCAAUUAGGAUAUGCUGCUGUUUCAUUGUUUAAUAGCAAUAUUUCAGUUAAGUAGUGUAAUUUUAGAUACUACAGUCCUCUGGUAGUUAUCCUUUUUGGUGCUAUAAAUAAGCCACAUAUGAAGUGUCUUAUGUACAUUGUUUUACUGCAUUGUUACUUGAUAUUUCCAAAAGCUUUUUGUAUUAAACUUGCACCUUAUA